AUGGAUUCUUCAUCAACUCCAAACCGAGCUUCGUUUGACAACAACAAAGAUGUAGAGGAAGAAGAACAAGAAUUGACUACUCCAGAUAGUAGAGGCAAACGUAAAGAAUCUCCUACAGCCAAUGGAGCCAAUAAAGCUCCCAGGAUUCUUCCUCCAAGGUCCAAAAUCUGGAACCAUUACACAAGGACGAAGGAGAACCGUGACAAAUGUAUUUGUCAUUACUGCAAGAAGAAGUUUUGUUGUAAAACAAAAUCGGGAACUUCAAACUUGCUGAAGCAUAUCAGCAUAUGCAAACAGUUCUACUCGUAUUCAGAUGGCCAAAGUUCAACUCAGCAAGUCAUAGAUGAAGAAGGGAAUGUGAUGUCUGCAAAAGUCAGUGAAGAAACUUUCAAAGAAGCAACAAAUGAGAUGAUGGUGAUAGGGGAGUUGCCAUUAUGUUGGGUAGAAAGUGUGGCUUGGAAACACUUCUGUAACAAGAAUUUGCUAUAUGACAUCAAGAGCCUCUUUGUUUCUAAGGAGUAG